AUGAGUGGCUUUAGCAAGCUUGGCAUCAUACUCACUUCAGUCUUUUCCAUCCUUUUUCUCUCCCUCUUAGCCGAGCUCAUCUACCUCAUUUGGCGUCGCCGUCAACAAGCUCGUCGCAAUACUAGCCGCAUCGAGCCCGCUUGCGGACCCACAUCAACGCCGUCACCAACCUCCACAUCACACGCUGAACUAUUCAAGUUAGACGGUAUUUACGGCGCUCCUUCCAGGGUUCUCUUUACCAUCAAGGAAGAAGAGCGUGAAGAAGUUGAAACUGAACUUGCAUCUGUUUUAGGAGAUAAUAAUGGGAAAUUUGGAAUCAGUUUGAGUCAACAUUUUGGUAAUUUUCAGCUUCCUGUUGGUGGUGAUGCGCCUGAGGUAAUUAUUAUGGUGGGUGAAAAUGAUGAUUUCGAUGUCGAACCGGAUUUCUUGACUCCUUGUACUUCUCCGCCUUACUUUACUCCCUCGCCUUCUCCGACGAGGGAGGACUUUAGAUAG